GCUUCAAUGUAGUUCGAAAUCGGUGCCGAACAAAAACAAAAGGAAAUCAAAGAAAACAAGAAAAUCAAAUGGAAAUGUGGUCGUCCGCCUCGCCAUCUCCACCCGGAUUGGAAAGCAGAGAUGGCGAGAUGUGGCCGUGUUUGUGGUUCAACGCUAGUCACGCCCUUGGUAAUUGCAAUAACAUGGUGAUGGCGGGCUCUUCGGACGUGAGUGAAAUCGCAGAUGAUCAAGUGCCGGAUUCUUCAAUUCAAAACAUAACGGAAAUUUACCAGACGUGGACACCGGUCUUGAUAUUCUUCUGCGCCCUGACGUUCUUCGUCAACGUUUUUAUCGUCAUCGCGGCCAGAUGGAUGCGUCGGCCGCUAACGCCCACCAUGUACUUCAGUUUGAGUCUGGCCGCUGCCGAUGCCGUGGCUUCAUUAACAGUCGGACUCGGGCUCGUUUUCAACAGUUUACUACCCAAAGUCUACAACGUGCACAUACCGGAUUGGGGACCGUGCAGUAUGCUCGUCCUCGAAGCCAUCCGAAUGGCCGCCGUCAUCGUCACUGUUCUUCACUUAUUGGCCCUGGCUGUCAACCACUACAUCGGCAUCGCCCGACCGCUACAUUAUGCCGCCAUCAUGACGAAACGAGCGGCUAGCGUCUGCAUGGCCGUCCUGUGGAUCGUCCCCAACGCCGCGUUGUUCGCCUACUUUUCAUCGAUUGAAAAUCAAGGAUUUCAGUCUCAAAGAUGCAAGACGGAUUUCAUCGGCGAACUGCGAUUCCGUGGCCAGUACGCCAGCUUCUUCUUCGCUCCACUUUUCUUCAUGAUCCUCAUUUACGGUCACAUUUUCAUCAUCAUUCGGCGGCAUCAGGCCAAUCGCCGGGCCUUGAUUCAACACGGAUCCAUGGCACGACAUAUGACGCCCGUCUCCUCGACGAGGGCGCACAGCACGGUCGUCAUGGAAACGACAACCAGUUUGCGUUACCCGUCUCAUCCGCCGUCCGUUUCGCCGGGACAACGGCUACCACCAAGUGGUAAAUCGACGUCAUUCCACCGCCAGCGUAACAACUGCUCCGUGUCCGCCAAUUCGGAGAGCAUCGAUCAUAGCAACAACGCCGUCAACAGAAACGUCAAGGCCAUCAUCACGACGCUGCUGAUUGUCGGCACUUUCAUUCUGGGCUGGAUGCCGGCUGUCAUUUGGUUCAUCGUUUAUUGCAAGGAUUGCAUCGUGACUUUUGAAAGCCUCGAACCGAUUGUGACGCUGCCUAUCGGCAUCACAGUCAACAGCCUGAUCGUUCUCAAAUCGUUCCUCGAUCCUAUUAUCUACACGGCGCGCAUGAAAGACUUCAAAGUGGCUUUCCAUCGGAUGCGCUAUCAGGUGCUGUCCAAAUGGUUCCCGCGCUGCCGCUGGUGGGGCGGUGGGGAAGGUGGCGGACCCGACGACGACGGCACGAUGGUUCAUUUUAAUCGCAGUCUCCUGCUCGGCAACAAUUCAAUGGCCCAUUCGACCAUACAUAAUCACCCAUCAAUUCAAACACGACGCUCCAUACGGUUCAACCAACCGAAAAUCAAUCGCGCAAAUAGCAACGGGUUAGUCGAAGCGUCCCACCAAACGGCCGUCAUCGUUGAUCAACGUGACGCUGAACGCGUCGAUGGAUAAAGCGGACGCAGCGCCAUUUUCAAUCCCCGUACAUUACGCAAACACACGACAGUUGGUUUAAACAAAAAAAGAAAUGGGGGAAGCGAUUCAUCGCAGCACACACCAACAACACUCGAUACCGAGAUAAACAUAUACAGCAAUCGACCUGGUUAGCGUUCAAGAGACCAACUCGCGCGUGAAUAAUGUGACAAUAUUUAAUCGAGCAAUGGCCAUAAAUGGCGACGCUUUCACGGUUAGUGUGUUUGUUGCACACGUUUCAAGCGGAAUCCCAAAUUUUAUGCUGGUCUAAUUUUUCUUUGUUUUCGUAUACUCGGUUCCUUAAUGGAUGUCGCAGCGAAGUGUUUUUGACGGCACCGAUAACAAAAAAACGAGCGUAACAUUCAACCUCCUUUCCCUCACUCCUUGCUUUCCUUGUUGCAUCAACCAAUCGGGGCAUGCAGUAUCGAUGUAAUACAUGUCUUUUUUGUUUGUUUACUAUAGCCGAGAGAGAUAAUCUCUGUCGUUGACAGGCCGC